UUUAGGCGUUUUUAUAUGCGAUGCGCUUAUCCAUCUCUCCUCCCGUUUCAUUGGCGUUAUGCGGCGGCGCGCGACGGCGGCGCCGGCUCGCACGCCUGGAGCUUGGAGGUCUACAUCGGCCUCCAAGAGAAGGAGCUCGCUCCGCAGCAGCUUCCAUUGGCAGCGCCUCAUCUUCUCACCGGCCAGGUGGCUGGAAUCCGGUGAUCGUUGCCUUCCGCGUCGCCAACAACCGAGUGCCAUCCAUGAGAACAAUGGAACCCAGUUCUUACUGGUGGGCGUAAAAAGUCUACUCCAAGUUCUCCAACCGCAAGCAACUUUGGAGUCCACCAAUCACUGUUCAGUACACCCGCAAAAAAAAAAGUACCCAGAUUUGUUUGACUGAGGAGCACCUCCAGAAGUACAUGUGGUGUUAUCUGAAGCUUGCUGGAACAUAUACCUCUUUUUUCUUCUGCAGUUUGUUUUUUAGCAUUAAACCUUUUUCAAGAUGUAACUAAAGUAUCUGCAUAGUCCAGUUUGCUUUAAGCAGUGUACAUGUUUCUAUCAAGAUGCAAAUUUCUGUACAUGAUGUACAAAUGUAUCAAGUAUCUUGUUAACCAUGGUGCCACUUGAUAGAUCUCUGAA